CACUUCUUUUUUUUAUCAUCUUAUCAAAGGACCGAAGGAGAAAGCUGCGAGUUUUCCGACUAGUCUCAGAAGGAUUUGAACCAAAAUUAACACCUGGAGAAAAUGUUCAACACACUGAGGACGAGCAAAUUGGUCGGCGGAGGGUCAAAAGUAUUUAAGAGAUUUCAAAGUACUUUAGUGGUCGCAGAACACAAUAAUGAGAGCCUAGUCCCGAUUGUUUAUAACACCGUGUCUGCUGCAAGCAAGGUCGGUGGUGAUGUUUCAGUUCUUGUAGCUGGAGAGAACUGUGCAAAGGCUGCAGCUGAAGCAAGUAAACUACCUGGCGUAGCAAAAGUUUUGGUAGCUGAUGCUGUGGAUUUCAAAGGAUUCCUGCCCGAGAGCCUAACACCUUUGAUAGUCGCUACUCACAACCAGUUUAAAUACUCGCAUAUUAUCGCCGGAGCGACGGCUUUUGGAAAAUCUCUUUUGCCCCGUGUUGCAGCUAAGCUCGAUGUUUCUCCAGUGUCUGACGUAAUCGAAAUCAAGUCGCCUGACACAUUUUUGAGGACAAUUUACGCAGGAAAUGCUAUGCUUACGCUUAAAUCAAAAGACAGCGUCAAGGUAAUAACUGUAAGAGGUACGAGCUUUGCACCAGUAACAGGCGAGGGUAAUGCUACGACUGAACAAGCCCCUGCCGGAGAUUAUAAAGCCCCAGCAACAACAUUCGUCAAACAGGAAUUGACUAAGAGUGAUCGACCCGAACUUUCGACAGCCAAAGUAAUCAUCAGCGGAGGCAGAGGAAUGAAAUCUGGUGAAAAUUUCCAACUGUUGUAUACUCUGGCCGAUAAACUUGGAGCUGCCGUCGGAGCCUCUAGAGCCGCUGUCGAUGCAGGUUUUGUACCCAAUGAAUUUCAAAUUGGUCAGACGGGAAAAAUAGUCGCACCUGAAUUAUACAUUGCAGUUGGUAUUUCUGGAGCUAUCCAGCAUCUGGCAGGCAUGAAAGACUCCAAGACAAUCGUCGCUAUUAAUAAAGACCCAGAAGCUCCAAUUUUCCAGGUUGCUGACUAUGGUUUGGUUGCAGACCUCUUCAAAGCUGUACCAGAAUUAACCGAGAAAGUCUAAGGAGUUAAUGCAAAUUUGACAGUUUGAAUAGUUAUCACGACAAGAAAUGAAGAGCAGCUGAAUAAAAGUUAAACUUGUAUGCAUUAAGUAUGAAAUUUUAAAAAAAGUUUUCAGUAAAAUAAAUGUCGAUAUAUAGACUCGUUUUUGGAAUACAAUCAUUGUGAUAAAUUACAUUCAAUAAUCCAAGAAAUACAAGUAAAUAUAUUUUUUUAUUUAGGAAGA